AUGCCACGUUCAUCUGCUGCGGCUAGGAAGAACCAGAACAAUCGACACGACAAUGGCCUCGUCGGUCCCGGCAAGAAAGUAACCAAACAGAAAUCCAGCAGCCACCUCAACGGCUUCCCAGGCAACGACUCUGCUACCGACUCGGGCGCCGCCGCUCCCUUCGAUCUCUCCGCAAGUCGUUCCAACAGUGAUACCGUCAUCACGUCUCCGACCAUCGCGAACAAGGGUGUGGAUGCGGCCAAGGCCGAUGGCAAUGCGCGUGGAACGGUGAAUGGACAUACAAAGGGUGCGGACAUGGCGUGUGGUCAAGCAAACGGCGCUCUGCCGCAAAACGGUGGCGUGGCAGGCCCGGCGGCGCGCAAUGGUUCUACGAAGCGCUCAGGCUCCAACGAUUCGAUCAACCCUCUCCAGCUCGCCUCCACCAUUCUGAAGUCGUGUCCUAUGUACGACACUAUCGCCAUUUUGAUUUUUCUGUUACAACUUCCGCCAAUGGUACUGACUCUGGUUCAAUUUUUGUUCGCAUCUUUGACCUUCAUGCCUCCGAGUGGUGCCGCCGCUGGCUCUCUGUCGUCGAACUUCGAUAUCUUCCAGGGUCCGGCCGGCACCCCCUCUCUGGGGACAAUGAUCGCCAUGGACGGAUUCUGUCUACUAUUCUGGGGCCUCUUCAUGUGGACGUGGGCCCAGAAUUUCGCGAUAGACCUCGCUCAUGUCCAGGUUGCUAUCACGUUAGGUGGCGGAGGCUCCGGUAAGAAUGGAGGGGUCAACGCCAUGUGUGUAGGAAUUGUUCUGCUUCUUCACAUCAUUCGCAGCAAAGGCAUCCAAGACUUUGUCCUGGGCCAUCUCGUUUCCGCCAAACUCAUCAGUCCCGAUCUCCUUGCUCAGUACUCGAACUUUUUACCCGCCGAAUUCCGACGAACCGAAGCGAAUGCAUCUCCUAGUUGGCUGAGAAGUCUUCUCGCCGUUCAUAUUUUAGCACAAGCGGGCACUGCGAUGGCAAGACGUUCGAUGGCCAAGAAUCGGGCUCCCGCGCCACCGAGGACUGGUAAGCGUGGGGAUACAGAAGCUUCAGCUGGGUCUCAGGGCCAGGCCGAUUCUGCCCUCGAGUCUGCUGCCAGUCUCUCGUCUUCUCUUAUGGGCCCGGAUGGGCAAUUUCUCAAGGAUAGCAAGGAUCGUCUCACCUCAGCUAAGAAACGCAGGAGACAAGCCAAUCAGGUCCGGAGUCGCCAACCUUUUUGGGCCGCCCUCGCUAGUACAAAAGUCACUGUGAUGCGAGAAUACGAGCACUCGCGAGCAUUGUCAAAAGCCGGACGCGGAUUUACGUUGACCGAGGAGGACUUGCAAGGCGCUUCUCUCGACGAUGGACUAAUUUGGAUUACGGAUGUGGAUAGUUCUACGAUCAAGUUUGCCGCGGGUGAUCUCUCUGACGACUCUACGGCGCCGAGCUCUUCUGAACCUUCUCAAUCAGAUGGAGAGGUGGAACCGUUCUAUGUUUGUGUCAACGGUGCGCUUUGGGCCACCGCUACGAUCUGCAGAGUCUCCGACUCGUUGAAGGAGCCAAGCGUGGUACAUUGGCGGGGCGAGAUCUCCGGACUCGCACCCAAUUGUGCCUAUACUUGCUCCUUUGUGCGCAGUGAUACCGAUGAGGAAUUCUGUGCUAUGAGUGUCAAGACUCCGGCCACGACCGACACAGAACAAGAUCCGGAGAGAGUUGGAGAAUUUCACCACCGUCUCCAGAGCGGAACGGAUGAAAACCGGCAAAAGCAGCGCUCGCUCCAGCUCGAGCGGAACAUUCAGCAGACGGAGGAGGCGACAGAGGUAUUGAAGGUGCAACUCGACCACAUGGAGAAUGUACCGGAGGAAGAGAUGGAGCAAUGGUCUGCGCACAAGGCCGACUUCGACCGUGAAUUGGAACGCUUCAAUGCGGCUAAAGAAGACCUUACUGAAGCUCGCCUUGCCGCAGCUCAGCAAAUUGCCGCGUUGGAGCAAGAGUUGAAUGCGGCUGUGCAGAAGCGUGAACGUCUUCAGGGCCGUCGUACCCGGGUCAACGAACAGUACGAGCGUAUCAUCUCGGCUAAUGCCCAAGGAUUGAAUGAGAGAGAGCGUCGCGCCGCCGAGCAGUUUGCACGAGAGCAAGAUCACGCCAAACUGGAGAGCAAUUUCCACGAGCAGUUCGCGAGCAUUAGCCAGUCUGUGCAGGACUUCCAGUUGCGCACUAGUGAACUUUGGCAGCAGGCAUCUGCUAUUGAACAGGCGAUUCAACAGCAACAGCAGAUGCUUCUCGAGUCUGGCCCCCUUACCCCUGAGGGUAAUCUGCCAGGUACCAACCCGCUGUCCGAAGUCAGCUUACCGACCUCUGCUGCUCCAAACGGCCGUGCUCUACUGGGUCUCAGCUUUCCUCCGACGAAGCCCAGCCCGCUGCAUACUUCCGAGUCCAAUCCGACGAGUCCCGUGCAAGACGUCUUCAUGCCUCAUUUCACGACCUCUCCGGCGGGCAAUGCCGAUUCCUAUUUCGGAACCGACUACAACCGCGAUCGUUCAUUCUCCAACCGCUCUGCUCGCAGCAGCCAAUACGGCUCGGAAUUUUUUGACUCCAACCGCCUGCCUCCCCUGCAGCUCGAGCUCUCUGAAUUACUCUCCGAGAAGCAUCGAUCCGGAUCGGACAGCUACGGGAAUGUACACAUGAGCACGAAAACAAGGCGGUCCCACAAUGGCUGUGCACGCUGCAAAAGGCGCCGCCAAAAAUGCGACGAGGCUAAACCGGCUUGUGGCCGCUGUCAACAUGCGGGGAUCGCCUGUGAAUACAAACUCGUCCUAAAAUGGAACGGCCGCGUUCCAAGAGAGACAAAGUCCCCCGGCAUCAACUUGACAUCAAAUUUGACAAGCGCCAGCUCUAUCAGCAGCUCGUUUCCUCCCAGCCUCGCAAGUACUAUGCUGGAUAUCGAGCGGCCGCUUACGGCUUUAUCCUCUCAAACUCGACUGUUACUCCACCAUUUCCUCACAGAGGUGUCCCAAAAUUCCAGCCACCCUUACCUCCAACAAAAUGAAUGCCAGGAUAUUUUCUCAAUGAUUCAUCAUUCAGAAUCGCUGAGAUAUGCAGUGAUGGCCAUGUCGGCCCUUCACCGCUCCACUCUGGUGAAUGGAUUACCUGAUCAAUUCAUACCAGAAGCCACUGUCUUGAAGCUGAUUUCGACGAGUAUCAAUUAUCUCCGUCGGGACCUCGAGGUACCGGAUUUCCCAAGCCAGCCUCUCCUCCAUACUAUUAAAACGCUUUGCCACUGUGAGAUAUUCUCCGGGCGCGCUGAUUCAUCGUGGCGGGUGCAUGUCAAUGGUGCUGGCGCUUUUCUUGCGGCAAUGGCUUCACAGCAAGACCUCAAAGGCCCUCAAUCGGGGUCCUCGUUAUGCUCCCGAUGGUUCUGGUCCAUUCAAGCACUUGCUGCCGUCACGGACUUUGGGUUCAUGCCGGAUCACACUAUAGGGUCAUCCUUCCCAGAUAGUAGUGAUGAUUACUAUUUUGAUAUCUAUACUGGCUAUUCUUCAGAUCUCAACAUGGCUCUAAUGCAAAUUGGCCUUUUCGCACGCCAACGCAAUGGGACCGACAAUGACCCAGAGAAUGACAAUGAGCAUCAGGACCAGGUUAAAAGACUUGAACGCGCGAUUCGGAAUAUGAUUAGCCGUGAUCGCGAAUCGGGCUUGAAAAUUCCCAGUCAUCAUUCAUUCGAUGCCAACACUAUCGAUCAAUUCCGCGCCUGCAAUACAGCUUAUCAAACUGCGAGCUUAAUACAUCUGUAUAGACGGGUGCAAAAUCUGCCUACGUUUUGCGUCGAAGUUCAAAGCUGUGUGAGAGCUAUCUUGGAUGCAGUCUGCGUCAUUCUCCCUGUGACGACGCUGUCUCCCUGGAUCCUUCUGACCACGCCGAUUUAUACAGCUGGAUGCGAAGCUGUUGGGCCUGAUAGGAAGUUGGUCAAGGAUCUCCUUUUGAAACUUUAUUCCAAGUUGCACAUACGGAACAUCAUCAGAGCAAUUGAAAUCUUGCAACAGCGGUGGAAGAUGCUGGACAUCGCGAAGGAUAUACUGUCGGGGCCUGAGGAUAUGAAACCCGCAGGAUUGCUGGACUUUAUACCCUAUUAA